GUGGACGCGCUGUACAAUACACAGCUGGUGCAUCAUAGAAGUGAACCUCCGAAACCUAGAUGGUUGUAUUAACCAAUGUCACCCCAGUAAAUUCAACAACAAAACAAGAAAAGAGAUCGUGCAUUUUAGCAUUGCUAUAAAUUGCUCCACUGGUUCACGCAGGGAUCUUUUCAAAUCGUUUUAAAAUGAGUUGGAGAAAUCGAAGUUCCAUCUCAGUUAUAUUGGGGCUCCCAAAUUCCACCCGUCUCCACCCCGAAGACCUAACGUAGGUUCUCCUGGGACCAAAGGGCCUUCUCCUUUCGAAGGGGCGAUGCGAUGCCCCUCAGAGCUUUCCGUCUUGGGCGGCACAACUACCAACUUCAGCACGAAGGCCUUGGGGAUAUAAACUGCACCAUUGGAAUCAGGGACGGUUGUGUGAAUGGAAAACGCCUGACCGUCUCACUUCUUUUGUCAUCGUGAAAAAAUAUGUCUGUGCCCAUUAACCAAUACAUGUUGUCCAAGCCAACGUUCGUUUCUGUCAUUCCUUCCGCAGUCGUUUAGUCAAGAGAGUCUGUUCCUAUCAAUUACUGAAGCCAUAAGGAAAAAAAUUUGAACUAUCAUGAUGAGGUGUUGCCACAUUUGCAAACUUCCUGGCAGAGCGCUGGGCACCCGCAUGCUCCGCCUCUCUCUGGUGGCCGUCCUCCUGCUGCUCCUGGUGGCUGGGGCCCUAACCACUCUCCUUCCCAACAACAAAGACGACAAGAUGCUCUCGUGGCGGAGGGAGGUGAAGGCCCAGGGCCAGUCCGCCCUGGCUUCCUUCACUCUCAUCAUGCAGACGUACAACAGGUCGGAUCUGCUGCUGCGGCUGCUCAAUCACUACCAGGCAGUGCCGCAGCUGCACAAAGCCAUCGUGGUGUGGAACAAUGUUGGGGAGAAGCCACCGGAGGACUUAUGGAACUCUCUGGGGCCGCACCCCGUGCCCGUGAUCUUCAAACCCCAGACCACCAACAGGAUGAGAAAUCGGCUCCAGGCCUUCCCUGAACUGGAGACCCAGGCGGUGUUAAUGGUCGAUGACGACAUGCUAAUUAGCGCCCAAGACCUUGCAUUUGCUUUCUCCGUUUGGCAGCAAUUUCCUGACCAAAUUGUAGGAUUUGUCCCCAGGAAGCACGUUUCCACCGCGUCGGGCGUCUACAGCUACGGAGGCUUUGAGCUGCAGACCCCGGGCGUGGGGGACGGUGACCAGUACUCCAUGGUGCUGAUCGGGGCCUCCUUCUUCAGCAGCAAGUACCUCGAGCUCUUCCAGAGGCAGCCCGCAGCCGUCCACGCCCUGGUCGAUGACACGCAAAACUGUGACGACAUCGCCAUGAACUUCCUCAUUGCCAAGCACACCGGGAAGACGUCGGGGGUGUUUGUAAAACCUGUAAACAUGGGCAACUUGGAAAAAGAAACCAGUGGGGGCCAUUCGGGAAUGUGGCAUCGAGCGGAGCACUUCCUGCAGAGGUCUUACUGCGUCAAUAAGCUCGUCAGCGUCUACGGCGGCAUGCCCCUCAAGUACUCCAACCUCAUGAUCGCUCAGUUCGGCUUUCCCUAUGCCAACCACAAAAGCAAGCUGUGAACGCCAAGCAGAAACAAACCUCACGGCUUAGUAGUUGAGUAGCUUCUCCACACUGUGGUUGCUUGUUUGUUUUUAAGCAACAUCAUGAACUUUUAUCCACCCUGGAAGUCUCUACAAAGGAAAAAAUUGCAGCACUUCUUGGAUGUAAAAGCCACAUGACUUUAAAACCCAAGAGCCGGGAGGUCUUCCUGUGAGGAGCGUUCACGCACGGACAUAACUCCUGGGGCAGUGACUCGAUGGUUUGCAUUCUGAAAUGGCCCUACAGUUUCUUUGACGCCUGGCAUUUGCCUUAACGACCCAUCGUGAGCUGUUUCCAGGACCAGAAGCGCUUCAGCUUUUUCAUUAAAGGACAGUCGCUUGCAUUCGAAGCCUGAGGUGCUUCUUAGCAAAGCCCGUGGUGCUGGAGAAAGGCACGAGGAGAGAUAGGUCUCACCCGUAUCAUACAGUGGAACUUUCCUGACUCGGUGUUCCAGCUUCCUGUGGUCCCCCAGCCAGCCUUCCCAGGGCUGACUCAGCCUGGCUCGGCUUUGGGCAACCAUCGUG